AUGAAUAUUCGAGGCAAUAGCGAUAGAAUUUUCAACCUGGUGUUGGCCAAAAUGUUCGGUUUCUAUCAAAUUUUGGACACCGAAUCAGCAACAUUUCUAGGCCGUCAUAAUGUUAACUACACAUUUUUCGUAUUUCUCAUUGUUUACGAAUGUCUCAUUUCGGCAAUUGUGUUCUUAAACGGUUUGUAUUACUGCACCAACAACAUUAUCGAGGCCAUGUUCUAUUUUGGCUUCAUGGGAAACGCGAUGUACGCAAGCUACAAAAUGUACCUCAUUCUCUACCACUCAAAAGUUAUAUGGGAUUGCUUUUCGGCCACGAAGUUCGACUUUACGUCUUACGGUGUCCAGGGCAUACAUACACUGAACAAGUGGCGAAAUCUUUCAAUUAAAUACACGAACAUAUACAUGAUGUUUUUUUUAACAUUCUUAUUCUUUUUGGUGACGGUUCCGCUGGUAUUUAGUAACACGUUUGUAACGAUGAAAAAUCACGAUGGAUCUACCAGUUCCUAUCGCCUGAGCCUUCUCUCUUUAUAUUUAUUCAUCUCGGAAGAAACUUACAACACAUAUUUUUAUGUAUUUCACACCAUCGAAUCGUCAGGCAUUGCCAUUGCUGUGUUAUUUAUACUUAUUUUCGACACUAUUGUAUAUACGUUGGUCAUCGCAUUAUCCGGUCAGUUGCAAAUGAUUUCCACUGCGUUCGAAUCGGUCGGACAUAAAUGCCUUCACUCCCCAAAUAUGAAUAUUGAUGACAAGAUGAAGUUACCUAAUGAAAAUAUAAAAUAUAUGGGUCUUAAAAAUGAAUUAAAAACACUUAUAAUAGACCAUCAGAGAGUUCUGAAGAAAUAUGAUGAAUUUUUAUCAAUAUUUCGACCAACAUUGUUACUGCAAGUAUUUGUUUUGUCGUAUACGAUCAUUUUUGUAUGUGUUUAUGAAGAAGAUAUUACGCAAUAUAUGGUAUUGACAUUGGUGAAAUCUGGUUUUUCAAUUCCUUUUUCUACUUUUCAAAUGUAUAUGUCAUGUUUUGUAUUUGAUACAUUAGAAACUAAAAAGGAUCUUAUAACAUUUGGGUUGUAUAGCUCUAAUUGGACAGAAAUGGAUAUUAAAUUUCAAAAAUUGAUUUUGUUAGCAAUGAGAAUGGCUAAUGCCCACCAGAAUAAAUUACAAUUUACAAGGACAAGAAUAAUUAACAUGGAAAUAUUUUAUCAAACUAUGCGUGUUUGUUACACAAUUGUAAAUGUGAUGCUAAAUUGUAAAAAAGAAAAAUUAUUAUGA